AAACUCCGGUUUCCCUCUCAUCAGGCCACCUCACCUCAGUAUCCCAUCCACGCCAAUCCCCCUGGUGGGGCCCGCACUGCCUCCCGUCGACCGUUCGGGCCGGACCAAUCGAGCGCAGCACCAAAAGGGCCUGACCCCUUCUCCCCCUUCCUCCCCGUCCUCCUCCGCCUUCGCCUAGAGAGAGAAAGAGGGGAGAGAUAGAGCGCCGAGCGGCGAGCAACCUCCACGGCUCCACCUCCCUUACGCGGCGGCCGCCGCCCCUGGCAAUGAGCAAGUGCAAUGUACCAGCCAAAUCUGAUUUCUAGCAUCGGUACGAGUCAAGACAAUCCUGCUGCUGAUGACCAAAUGGAGCUAGGGGAUGGCGCUAUGGUCCCUCACAAUGAGGGGAACAAUAAUCCUAACAUGGCUGCAAGACAACGGUUACGUUGGACAAAUGAGCUGCAUGAUCGGUUUGUGGAGGCUGUUACUCAACUUGGUGGUCCUGAUAUUCUUCAUUUGACAGGAGCCACUCCAAAGGGAGUUCUUAGGAUUAUGGGUGUGUCAGGACUUACAAUAUACCAUGUGAAAAGUCACUUGCAGAAAUACCGUCUUGCAAAGUACAUUCCAGACCCUUCAACUGAUGACAACAAAGCUGAAACGAAAGAACCGGGGGAUUUGCUAGCAGCACUUGAAGGUUCCUCUGGGAUGCAAAUAUCUGAAGCCCUGAAGCUGCAGAUGGAGGUCCAGAAGCGGUUGCAUGAACAAUUAGAGGUACAGAGGCAGCUGCAGCUGCGAAUUGAGGCACAGGGAAAGUAUCUCCAGAAGAUCAUUGAGGAGCAGCAGCGCAUCACUGGUGCUGGAGCUUCCAGAGCCAUGUCAAGUGAACAAUUUCCCGACUCUGAGAGAACUAACCCGGCAACACCUGUCCCAACAUCCGAAACUCCACUUCAGGCUGUAUCAUUCAGCAAGGACAAUGGAAACCGAGUUAAGCCCACGAAUAGUGCCUCACAUGAUGAUCCUCUUCCUCACGGUGAACCCUUAACCCCCGACUCCAACUGUCGGCCUGGUUCUCCAACACUCAGUCCAAAGCAUGAGCGCCCAGUCAAGAGACAAAAGGGCAGAAGCACCAGUGACGGUACCACAUUUGCUGAUGACGACUUCGCCCUUCCACACCACAUAUUUGAGUCAAGCACAAGCUCGGAGUUCCAACAAUGUUCGAUGCCUUACUCAGGCUAUUAGCCUCUGGUACUGUGAUCAUCGCCUUAUCAAAGCUAAUUUUCUGGUGCAGUAUAUGAUAUGGUUUAAUCUGUACCCGCUAGUAGGUUUUGGCUUGGACAGAAAUGCCUUUGUUAGACAAAAGUUUAGGGAUUCACAGAAUUGGUUACACAGGACAUGGAUGGUAGAUGUAACUUCCUAAUGUAAUUGCUAGAUUUUACCACACGGAUCACCUUAUGUAUCUGGUAUGAAUAUUCUCUUAGAAUAGGUUAUGUACUAUUUCAUUGCUGCCCUGUGAUGGGCUAUGGGUCCAGUCAUGGUCUCGUAAGCUGGUUUUAAAAAUUUAUCGGA